GUCAGUUCCCCUCCCUUUCCCCCUUCACUACAGAAACCUUCAUAUCCAGCCCCUACAUGUGUGUGUGUGUGUGUAUGAGCGGCUCUCAACCAUCCCUCCCUGACAUUCCACUGCAGAUGACGGAUUGACUGCUGGGAUACAGAAACAGAGAAAGUCAGUGGAAUAUUCUUUGGAUCUGAUCACUUUUAAAACUUUUUUCAACUUUAGAUCUUUAGUGCUUUUCUUCUCUCAGACAUUUGUCUGAAAUUUCAGCAUCAUUACAUAGACUCUGCUACUGAAACAUCCAAUUCCUUUUGGGAUUGUGAACUUCGAUCAGGGACUAAACAACCCCAGGCAGGGGACACCAUUCUAAACAAAAGGAGCUCUUCUUUCCCUGUUAUGCUGUAAAGCCCUGGGACCUCUACAAUGACAGACGUCCUGCAGCUCAGUACCAACAGUCCACAAGCGCCAGGUGAAGACAGAUCAGCCUCUACAUCUCCAUCUGGUUCUCCAUCUCCUUCCAGGAAUGAGUGCAGUAUCACUCCACUUACUCCCUCUCUCUCUCCGAGAGCAGAAUUGAGACCGUGUGUGGCUCGUCCAUUUUCUGUGGUGGUCGCCAUAGAUUUUGGCACCACCUCCAGUGGCUAUGCCUUCAGUUUCACAGAAGAUCCUGAGACCAUUCACAUGAUGAAGCGGUGGGAGGGUGGUGACCCUGGUGUAGCCAAUCAGAAGAGUCCAACCUGUCUGCUGUUGACCCCUGACCUCCGGUUCCACAGUUUUGGCUUUGCAGCUCGAGACAGCUACCAUGACCUUGACCCAGAGGAGGCCGGGCAUUGGCUCUACUUUGACAAAUUCAAAAUGAAAAUCCACAGCACCAGUGAUCUAACUAUGGAGACUGAGCUGGAGUCAGUAAGUGGAAGAAGAGUUCGGGCCAUUGAGGUGUUUUCUCAUGCCUUGAGAUUCUUCAGAGAACAUGCUUUAAAGGAGGUGAAGGACCAGUCCUCCUCUGUGCUGGAAAGUACUGAAGUACGAUGGGUCAUCACUGUUCCUGCGGUGUGGCGGCAGCCAGCCAAGCAGUUCAUGCGAGAAGCUGCCUAUUUGGCAGGUUUGGUGGCUCCAGAUUCUCCUGAACAGCUCCUCAUCGCUCUUGAACCGGAGGCUGCAUCCAUCUACUGCAGGAAGCUCCGUCUACACCAGGUCAUUGACCUCAGCCAACGUCCAGUAACCAAUGGUUUAGAUGUAGACGGCUCCCGCCCUUUCGAUUCCAGUUUUAGGCAGGCCCGUGAGCAGCUCCGCAGAGCCAGACAUAGCCGAACUUUUCUGGUGGAGAGUGGUACUGGAGAAUUGUGGUCUGAGAUGCAGACAGGUGAUCGGUACAUUGUGGCAGACUGUGGUGGUGGGACGGUGGAUCUGACGGUGCAUCAGAUUGAGCAGCCACAGGGCACACUAAAGGAGCUUUACAAAGCCUCAGGGGGUCCUUAUGGAGCAGUUGGAGUGGAUCUUGCAUUUGAGGGCAUGUUGUGUCAGAUCUUUGGGGCUGACUUCAUUGAGAGUUUUAAAGCAAAACGUCCAGCAGCUUGGGUAGACCUCACCAUUGCAUUUGAAGCCCGUAAGCGCACAGCGGCCCCUGGCCGGGCCAACUCAUUAAACAUCUUACUGCCCUUCUCUUUCAUUGACUUCUACAAACGACACCGGGGGCAGAGUGUGGAGACCGCCCUACGCAAGAGCAACAUGAAUUAUAUAAAGUGGUCAUCUCAAGGGAUGCUGAGAUUCUCGACAGAGGCCAUGAAUGAGCUUUUUCAGCCGACCAUCAACAACAUCAUAAAACAUAUUGAGAGCCUGAUGCAGAAGGAAGAAGUAAAGGGUGUGCGUUUUCUCUUCUUGGUUGGAGGAUUCGCAGAGUCGCCCAUGCUUCAACGCGCAGCCCAGAACGCACUAGGGCGGAACUGCCGUAUCAUAAUUCCACAUGACGUAGGUCUGACCAUCCUGAAGGGUGCAGUCCUGUUUGGACUAGACCCCACUGUUGUCCGUGUACGCCGUUGCCCGUUAACUUACGGUGUUGGAGUUUUGAACCGCUUUGUGGAAGGUCGACACCCUCGAGACAAGCUACUCAUCAAAGAUGGCCGAGAAUGGUGCACUGACAUCAUGGACCGCUUUGUUAGUGUUGAUCAAUCGGUGGCUUUGGGUGAGGUGGUGAGGCGGAGCUACACUCCAGCAAGAAUAGGACAAAGGAAGAUCAUAAUCAACAUCUACUGCAGCGACACUGAUGAAAUAACCUACAUCACUGACCUCGGGGUGAGGAAGUGUGGUGUCAUCACGCUAGACCUGCUUGAGUUGGGGGCAGCGGCAGCUAAUGCUGGUGAAAACGAUAAACGGUCUGCCUUUGAACGCAGGGAGAUUCGCACUACCAUGCAGUUUGGAGACACUGAGAUCAAAGUCACAGCUGUUGAUGUGGCAACCGGCCGACUGGUGCAGGCAUCAAUUGAUUUCCUGUCUAACUGAUCCUACUGCUGUUGCAGAUGUAAAAACUGAAGGGCUGAAUGAUAAACUGGAAUGUUUUGGGGAUUUUAUUGUGCAAAGCAUCAGCUAUGAGUACAGUCUAUUUGUGUACUGUAAGCUUUGGAUAAUUAUGAGUAAUGAAAAUCUCAAUUAUGUCAAAAGCAACAGACUAUCUUAAUUAGACCUUCAAUGAGUAAAACAUAAUGGGAACAGAUAUAAAACAGAUAUAAAACAAGCUUCCAUUUUUGGCAUAACUUUCGUAAAUGCAUUUCCUGUCAAACAGAGGAAGUAGUUCCAAUUUUGUUAUUGUUUGUGGUGUUUACUAUCAUGUCAUGCAUGCAGUAAACAGACAUAUUAUUUCAAGUUUGUAGACACUUCGUAUUUAAAUUGAUUUAUCAAAUACAGCCACUUAAUUUUAUUUUUGUAAACAUAUAAUCUAUAGCUAAAAAAAUAUUCAUUUUACACUUAUCAAGACAGAUCUUGUUUAUAGGUUACGGUUGCGCCACCUGGAGGCAAGAAGAGGAAGUGUAAUCACUUGGAAUGAUGUUAAGGAGUUAAAGGGAUACUCCACUUUUUUGGGGGAAAUAGGCUCAUUUUACCAUUCCCCCAGAGUUAAACAGUUGAGUUUU